AUGAUCAGCCCAGGGCAUCCGAGAAUCCUCGUAUCCCUUCUAUUCUUUGGAAUUUUCACGCGGAUUCGAGCCGAAUUUACUAAUCUGGCAGAUGUUCCAUGCGGUACAAGCGGCAUACGACAGGCGAGAAUUGUCGGAGGUCAGGACGCAGCACCACGUGAGCUGCCAUGGCUCGUAAGCAUAACAAGAAAGGGUGGCCACUUUUGUGGGGGUGUCAUCUUGAAUUCCAGAUUUAUAAUGAGCGCCGCGCAUUGUUUUUGCUCCGGCACGAAUCAAAUUCCGGUGGGACAACUGCGCGUCACGUUAGGCGAGCACAAUUUAAGAGCUCCAGAAAUGCCACCCGCAAUACACGAGAGCGUCAUAAACGUGCUGUUACAUCCUAGUCACAAAUGCGGCAAGUAUGUGGACGAUAUUGCCCUCCUGGAACUUGCAAGACCGAUCAGCUGGUCGGAGAGCGUGAAACCCGCAUGUUUACCUGUGGCCACAGGAACACCAGGAUAUAGUGCUUUCGAUGGUAUGGAGGCCAUGGUUGCAGGUUGGGGUUGGCUCGGAGAAGAUAGAAGUAGAUACAAGAGGGCAGACGUGUUGCAGAAAGUGGAGGUUCGCGUGGUAGCAAACACUGUGUGCAGAGAAUGGUAUGCUAGUCAGGGCAAGUCGAUCCGCGUGGAAUCAAAGCAGAUGUGCGCAGGUUGGGAAGAGGGCGGAAGAGAUUCCUGCUGGGCUGACAGCGGCGGGCCCUUAAUGGUUGGAAAUCAUCCUGUCGAGCCUUUGAUGGUGAUCGGAGUAGUCUCGACUGGCAUAGGUUGCAGCAGAACACGACUGCCGGGUAUCUACACUAGAAUUUCGGACUAUGUGCCGUGGAUUGCACAAGAGACACAAACCGGAUGAUCAAAGAAAGUACGAAUACGAGCUUUAUAUUGAUACUUAAUUCUUUGUCUAGAACGAAUUCGAUUCCUAUCAAUGAUUGAAAUAAUUACCUCAAGUUAGUAACUCU